AUGGAUUCUGUGUCAACUACUAAACAACCAUCUGAAGUCAGUAAAAUCUAUCUUGCAUGUCGAAAUGGUGAUAUAGAUCUUGUUAAAAAGUAUUUGUUAACUCUCAAACAAGCAAAAUAUGAUAUAAAUCCUUUGGAACCAGAUAUUAAUAGUACACCAUUACAUGCUGCUUGUUACUAUGGUCACAAAGAAAUAGUUAAACUAUUGUUAGAAAAUGGAUGUGAUCGAUCAAAAAUAAAUCGACAUGGCUUAACUGCUUACGAAGAAGCUGCCAAUGAUGAUAUUCGACAAUUAUUCAAACGACCACAAAUUCUCGAUUGUAGUCAACGUUUUCAAGAUGAAUGUAUAGAUGAUUGUUUCGAUGUUGUUCGACGACCCAAAGAAGACAAAAGAGAAACUGUUGCUUCCAUUACGACAUUACCGUCUGAAACAAAAAGGUUGUCAUCGAUUCAAACUUACCAAACAAAAGCUGAAAAACAACUUGAAAUAGGUUAUGCUACUACAUCAAUAGCUAUGUGUCAAUCAAAACUGGGAAGAUUUAUUGCUGAUAAAUUCAAUCGUGAAGCACCAAUGUCAUUGAAUGGCAUUGGUAUUCGACUUCAAGAUAUAAUUGAUCGAGAACUCAUAGCUAACCAAGAUCCACAAUCAUCUAUAGCAAAUGAAUUAUUGAAUAAAUUUUUAACAAAUAAUUCUGAUGAUCAUAUUAAAUAUCUCAUACGUUUGUACACAUUGGAAACAAAAUUUUAUUCAUCUCUAAGACAAAAUCCAAUGCCAUUAGCAUUACCUUUGUAUAUAGAAUUACAAACAUUAAGAGAUCGAUAUUUCAAAGGACUAUCAUAUCGUGGUGCAAAAAUGACUGAUGAUGAAAUUGCAACAUAUGAAUGGGCCAUUCAUAAUCGUGGAAGUCUUUUGCAAACUAAACAUUUUUCUUCAACUUCUCAAAAUCGCUCUGUUGCUGAAGAUUUUGCAGAUGCAGCAAUUGAAACUCCUGACAAUAUGCGAAAAAAUCGUGUUCUAUUCAUAUUCAAUUUUCCUGUAGAAUGUGAUCAAGCAAUAAAUUUAAGUCGAAUAUCUGACACACAACCGUGUCUAUCUGAUUUUGAAGAUGAACAUGAAGUUUUAGUAUUACCCUGGACAUUAUUUCAAGUUGAUUAUGUUCACGAAGAUUCACCAUCAUCAUAUACAAUCUAUUUAACGAACGUUUUAUUACCACAAAAAAAUCUUUUUUCAUCACUCAAGUGGAUAUUAAGACAUCCUAAAGGUUCUCUAGAUCGAUUUCACGAAUAUUUUCCGAGAAGGGAACCCGAUUUUGUUGUAAAACAUCCAAUGAAUCGUGUUUUCAAACUUGAUCAAAACAAGGUCAAGAAAAAUGAUAAAUAA